CCACGCUUCACCCGUUGAUACCUCUCCCCAUCAGGAAGGGAACCAAAAUCACUAGUGCACCACAGUUAACUCCGGACCGGCAAUAACCCAAAUAGGAAAGAUAUCUAUUACACUGCUACAACCCUCAACUGACGCCUUCGACUAAGAUAUCUCAGACUAGAUUUAAGCUGCCUCUAUUCUCUAUCUUCCCUUGGCUAACCCAAGAUACUGCACACCAAUAGUCUCGCCCAUCAUGACUCUCACAACCACCACCACACAAACAGCCACCCUUGAUACCACUCCUGUCUGGAAGGAUAUCAGCGACAAGAAGAUCAAGGCUCUGGACUCUUCCAUCCCUAAACAAUGGCGCAUUCCUCAAGAUAUACUUCCCCCUGAUGAUCAGACUGAUGUUACAACUUGGCCAGAGUCUUCAGGGUGGUUUACAAAGGAAGAGCUCGCUAUCACAUCUUUGAAUGCUGCUGAACUCCUUGAGAAACUUGCUUCAGGGGAGUACAAGUCUGAGGAUGUCACCAAGGCAUUCUGUAAACGAGCAUCUGCCGCUCAUCAGCUUACAAACUGUCUUGCAGAGACUUGCUUUGAGCGCGCUCUCCAAACAGCCCGUCAACUAGACGAGCAUCUCGCCAAAACUGGAACUCCCGUCGGUCCUCUCCACGGCCUUCCCAUUUCUCUCAAAGACAACUUCAACCUCGAAGGUCUUGACUCAACUGUCGGGUUCACAGCUCAUGUUGGAGACCCAGCCAAGUCUGACUCUGCACUUGCAACAGUUCUUCAAAAUGCCGGUGCUGUCUUCUACGUCAAGACCAAUGUACCUACGGCUAUGAUGAUUGCAGAGUCCGUUAACAACACUUUUGGACGAACUGUGAACCCUAAGAAUAGGAGUACUACCAGUGGUGGAAGUUCAGGCGGAGAGUCGGCACUUAUUGCAUUCAAGGGAAGUCCUCUUGGUGUUGGAUCUGAUAUCGGCGGAUCAUUACGUAUUCCUGCUGCUUGCACUGGCAUCUUCACCAUCCGUCCUUCGGCAGGCCGAUUCCCAGUGCGCAAUUGUCGCUCCGGCAUGCCCGGCCAAGAAGCCGUCCUCUCCGUCAACGGCCCCCUAGCACGAACUCUUCAAGACGUUGAGCUCUACAGCAAAGCCGUCAUUGACUCUCAGCCAUGGCUCGUCGACCCCAAGUGUCUCCCCAUUCCCUGGCGCCCAGCCCAACUCCCUGAAAAGUUAAAGAUCGCAUUCAUGUGGCACGACGGCAUGGUCCGGCCAACACCACCUGUAACUCGAGCUCUCCUGAUCGCCAAGAAGAAGCUCGAAGCGGCGGGACAUACCAUCAUCGAAUGGGAUCCUGUUGACCAGAAGGAAGGCAGUGAACUUCUUCAGCGCAUGUUCACAGCUGAUGGUGGACAAACUAUCCGAAAGGAACUUGAGCGUACAGAUGAGCCUUGGAGACCUGAGAUGGAAGCCUAUCGAGUCGCAAGAGAUUUGAGUACCUCCGAGAUGUGGAAGCUUCAGCUCGAGCGAACAGCUUUCCAGAACCGCUAUCUCGAUCGCUGGAACAAGGCAGGCAUUGAUGCUAUCGUCAGUGCAACAACUCCCUACAGUACCGGAAAGCAUGGAAGCCUAAGACAUGUUGCUUAUACUGGUGUUUUCAACGUGGUUGAUUACUCAGCUGUCUCUUUUGCUACAAGCAUCAACGUUGAUAAGGAUGUUGACAAGCUUGAUGCUUCGUAUGAGCCGCUGAGUCCAUUGUGCAAGUCUGUCAACGAAGAAUACGACGCAGAGCUGGUCCAUGGACUACCAGUUAGUCUCCAAGUCGUUGCACGUAGGUUAGAAGAAGAAAAAGCCAUCGCUAUGGCCAAGCUCGUACAUGAGACUGUUGGCUGAAGGGAAAUACUGUAGAAUAGACAUCAGCAUAUAGACAUUGGAAGACCUUGUGCUCAUCAUAUAGAGUAUCAUCACUACUGGGACCGGCACGAAUCAUGUAACAGAUAAAGAAAUAUCGU